AUGGCCAAUUCUAAUAAGGCAAUAUUAGCCCUUGUUUUAUUUGCUAUGAUAAUUUCUUUUAUGUCUGUGGUGAGCUCAGAUGCUCGUCUCUUGUCCGAGUGGAAAUUGGCUAACCGUGCUAACAAAUCCAUAAGGGAAAGUCAACAGUCGUUCGGUAAACUCGGAAGUCAGAAAAGGGCAAUUUCUUAUAUGUCUGUGGUGAGCUCAGAUGCUCGUCUCUUGUCCGAGUGGAAAUCGGCUAACCGUGCUAACAAAUCCAUAAGAGAAAGUCAACAGUCGUUGGGUAAACUCGGAAGUCAGAAAAGGUUGUCGCCUGGUGGGCCGGAUCCUCAACACCAUUAG